ACAACAAACCUUUUCUGGCUUCUGCUGAUGGCAUCUCCACUUCAAGCAGGUGAGAAAGCUCCUGAGUCUCUCACCCCUCAUCUUGACUUGGGCCUAGGUUAGCUUUCAAAAGAGAAGCACUGGGACAGCCAGGCAUGCUCCUGCUGCUGCUCCUCCUUCCUUGAGACCUGGCCUUGAUGUCAUAACUGGGUAACUAUGACAACCUGUCAUGGGAACAGCUAAGUACCUCACAGAGGAGCCUAGAUGCCUCAUUUCUGAAGUGAGUCUAGGAAGAGAAGAUGAACAAUUCCCUGGAUUAUCUAGCCUACCCCGUUAUCGUCUCUAAUCAUAGGCAGAGCACAGCCUUCAGGAAGAAACUGGACUUUGGCCACUACAUAUGUCACAAGAAUAGAAUACAAAUAGUGAAGCCGGCUGUUGACACCAAACCUCCAGUGGCACACACACAUCAUAUUUUAAAGUUGAGCAAACUACAGGGCGAACAAAAGAGAAUCGACAAAAUCGAAUAUGAGAACAAGAAACUGUGCCAGAAAAUCGCCAAUGCUCAUCGCGGGCCUGCCAAGGUGGAUUGCUGGAACGAAUAUUUUUCCAAGAGCUUAAACAGAGAAACAAGGAACCGGGAGCUAGUGAGAAUCACCGUGGAAAACCAGGGCAUUCUGAAGAGGCUUUGUGAUCGCAAACCCCACUACGACCGCAAGUCAUCGGAGAUCGACUGGCAGAAUUCAAGACGCUACAUCAGAAAUACAACAAGAUAUCUUCUCUCCCGAGAUGAAUAGGUAUGUCUUCUCCGGGCUGCUCUUUACUAAAGAACAUGGUGAUCACGGUUGAUACCAAAUCCUCCUCAGAUGGAGAGUGAGGGGACCGGUUAAGGGGUGAAUUUGCUCUUCUACAGUAUCAAUUGGUCAUCAUCCGUUCAGGGAACUUGGAGCUCUGUCUUUGUUUAAGGAGGAAAUGUCUGUCUUUUGUCAUCAGCUUUGAGGCUUUACGUGAGUCUGAGAAGUGAUUUGUUCCAGGAAGAUAUAAACAACAGGCUUCGUAGCUUUAAUGUUGUGCCAAAGUUACAUUACAGGUCUCUGUCACUAUUCAAAAGUACUGUUGUCUUGGCAUUUUUUAUUAUUGAACAUUUUUCAUAAUGACUCAGUUUGGUUUUCCCCUCCCGGGGAGAAGAAUAAAUGGACACUGAGGCUUUCCAAAGAAUAGUUCUGUAUAAUUGAUGGUUCUCCAUUUCUCUCCCUCUCUUCUCUCUGAAUACAAGGUUACUCACUGCAGAAAAGAUACAAGAGAAGGCGCUAGGAUUUCUUAGCCGCUUAGACUCUCAAGACACUUCUAAGUGGCUGAAUGCUCAAUCUUAGAAUGCUACAAUAAAGCUUGGAACAUAAAGUGAGUAAGUUACAUUUAAGGCAACCAAUGGCUUUAAGUCCCAUCCCCAAAUGGAGACAGAAUGGGGUAGGCAGAAGGAAAGAGGCAAUAAGCAUUUUUAUUUGGGGCUAUGAAAAGAAGUUUUAAUGAGAGAGAACUUUUAAAAACGAACACCAGCACCACCAUCCUGAGCGGGGAGAAAAGGUGGAGUGAGAUGAUCUAGCCAAAAGUUCAGCUCUGUCCAAAUGGAAAACAAAAGCACAUGGUGAAAUUAAGGUUCAGACAACACAGAGAACAAAUGCCAUUAGUUUCUCUGUGAAUACACAGAAUUGAAAAAGAAUGCUUCAUUGAUGUUUCUAGGUACUGUGUUCAUUCAUAGGGAGCAAGCAACAGUGAAAGCAUCAAAAAAUGUAUCAAAACGCGU